AUUUAUGAAUGAGAUAGUUGUCAUUUCCAAGCUUCAACACCGCAAUCUUGUAAAACUUUUAGGAUGUUGUACUGAAGAGAAGAAAAAAAGUUUGAUCUAUGAAUACAUGCCAAAUAAAAGUUUGGAUGCAUUUAUUUUCGAUCCACAAAAACGUAAACUUCUACAUUGGGGGAAGCGCUUUGUCAUAAUUGAAGGAGUAGCAAGAGGAGUACUUUAUCUUCAUAGAGAUUCUAGACUAAAAAUUAUACAUAGAGUAAAGGCAAGUAACAUCUUGCUAGAUGAGAACUUAAUUCCCAAAAUAUCAGAUUUUGGUAUGGCUAGAAUUUUCAAAGGAAGUGAAGAUCAAGCGAACACAAGAAAAGUUGUUGGAACCUAUGGCUAUAUGUCUCCAGAAUAUGCAAUGGAAGGAUUAUUUUCAGAAAAAUCAGAUGUGUUUAGUUUUGGAAUUUUAUUAUUAGAGAUUAUUAGUGGAAGAAAAACUCAAGCUUUUAUACACAAGCACUCUCUGAGCCUUUUAGGAUUUGCAUGGAAAUUAUGGAAUGAAGGAAACAUUGUACAGCUAAUAGAUCCAGAAAUAUUUAAUCAAAACCCAGCGAAGGAUAUAUUGAGGUGCAUACAAAUAGGACUUCUAUGUGUACAAGAUCUUGCAAUAGAGAGGCCGAGUAUGAGCACAGUAGUUUCCAUGCUUAAUAGUGAGAUUGUCCAUCUUCCUCCUCCAAGGCAACCUGCAUUCACCCAAUGGCAAAGUACAUUGAAUCAAUUGACUCCAGAAGAAAAUCAAAGAAUAUUUUCCAACAAUGAAGUCAGUAUUAGUGAUAUGGAGGGCAGAUAGCGAGGUCACAAAUCUAUCACUAAAAUAGUGUUGUUUUGAUGAGUAACUUCAUUUGCGCAGUUGUUGUAUUCUUGGUGGUAUGAAGUAUCCAAUACUGUAUAUGAGCUUUCUCUAUUUUUGUUUGUUUUUAAUGUAAUGGCUGUUUUUGGAUAUGGAUUCUUUUUGAAAUCAAGGUAUGAAUUGUAAUAUUUAUCAA